UUCAAACAUUCGGCGGACAUUUUUAUUUCAGCUUAGGUUUGUGAUUGUUGAUAAAAAUGGAUGUAGAAGAGAUAUUUUCCCUGAAAUAUAAUGAGUUGCAGAAACGUGCAAAGUCACUUGGCAUCAGAGCCAACAUGAAGAUUGACAAAUUGCGAAAUGCCCUUAUAGAACAUGUACUGGACCAGAACAAGAUUACAGAAAAACAGCAGGAUGCUAACGACAAGAAAACAUCAGAAAGUCAAGGAGAUGAAGAGAAACCAAAUGAGGUUGAAAAUAAGGGGAAAAAAGGCCCAGGAAGACGGAAAAAAGAGAAGGUGAUGAAAUCAAAAGCUGUACCAGUGAUUAAGGAUACCAAACCUACCGCUCCAGCCAGUGUGAAGACUGUAAGGCCAGGACUUCUUGGGUCAAAACAACCUAGUGUAUUAUCUCCUUUGGUCAGGAAAAGUCUCGCCACAACCAAACCUUGUAUUACACCUAAAGGAACUCCCAGACCCUUUAAUACACCGACAAGGACUCCGAAAGCAUUAACCCCACAAAUCAACAAGGUCAAGUCCGCAACAACAAAAGUUGUAACACCUAAGAAUGUCGCACCAAGAAUUGCCACACCCAAAGUCCUCACACCAAAACCAAAGCUAACCACUCCAAAACUGUCAACACCGAAAUCUGCAUUGAAGUCGGCCACACCGAACAAGCCUAAAACGCAAGCAUCUGUAAAGCGCAUGUCAAACCAGAAAAGAACACCACAGGAGGCAAAAAAGAGGCGCAGUACGUUUGAGAUUGUUCCUUUGCCAGAUGAGCCGACAGAGAACCAGUGCUGCACACGGAGAAGUACAUUUGAAAAGAAGUCGGUAGAGGAACGGAAAUCAGGGAGCCCAGGGGCGCAGGAGAUGCUUGGAGCUCUCACAGAAAACAUGGGCAGUGCUGAGAUGAAGGAGAAGCUGCUGUCAGCCAUUGAUAAAAAAGUGCAAAAGAAAGUAUCAGAAAAGGACCCUGUUAAAAAAACAGGUAUUCCCCGAUUUGCAGCUUUUCUAGCUGCCAGAAAAGAGGCUAAAGAACAAAAACCUUUGACUCCAGGAAAUAAGAACUGGACAAAAAUUCACAAGAAAGAGUUUGACAAAAUGGAGUCCAUUGAUGUGUACCUCAGCAAGAAAAGGAGGCGCCAAGAUGACUUUGCCAGCUCAGCCAAAAAGACAAAGACAUUGCUGGAAGAAACCAAGGCAGCCAUCAGUAAACUAAAGAGUCACAAGACACCCACAGCAUUCAAGACAACUACAAAAUCCUCACUGUUUGUUACCCCCGGGACAAAAGCAGUGAAGACGAAGACGCCUGUUGGAGUGUCAAAAACCAAAACACCUGUUGGAGUGUCAAAAACCAAAACACCUGUUGCUGCAGUGCUGAAAACUAAAACACCAGUGACAUUUAAACCAACAGUUUUCAGCACCAAAAAUAUGAACUUGGACUUCAAUACAAACACCAGAAAAUCACCCCGAGCGUCUUCAUCUGGGACUGCCACUUUUCAGCCUUCUGUCCUUUCGACCAGUAACAUGAACCUCAACUUCAGCAAACUCAAAACACCAGGCACGCUUCCCAAGGGCAAUGGUAACCGCAAAUCAUUUGUCACACCUUUCAGGUUUGAUGCCUCUAUAAACUGUACACUAAAUGACAGCAAGUCAACAACCAAGAAGUUUGACCUAAAAGCAAGUCUAGCUCGCCCCAUCACGUGGAAAACGCACAAAGGCACACUCAAGCCCUUGGAAACUGCCACCAUGUACUCCACUGCAAAGGGUGAACCAAAAGUCAGCGUGAAAACACCAAAGGUGGCAGGAAGAGAAAAUCGUCGAGCUGUAGCAAUGAAGAAGAGGGCAGACCAGAAAUUUGAUAAGCACAUGUCACGGCGAGGGAUCAAGGCACAAUAGAAUUUGUCUGGGCUAAAAUUGUUGUGUGGUGCUAAAACUGUCAUAAUUACCACCACGAAGUGUUCACUGUAUACAGUGUGUGUGGAAACAUUCCCUUAUGUGGAUGGACUACUUGGAUCAGAAAGUUGAUCAUACCAAGCAAUCAGAUGUUUAUCUCAAUGGUCUUAUGGAGCUGCUUUCUUUUACAUGGACAGACCAGUCACAUCAGAUUUCUUAAAACAAGUCAUUUCCUAAAGGAAGAAAUUGUACUGAAAUGAUAAUACUCUAUAGAUGUACCAUCGUGCUAUGGUGCUGAAAUGAUCAUACUUUGAUAUGUACCAUUGUUCUGUGGUGCUGAAUUGAUCAUACUCUAUAGAUGUUCCAUCGUCCUAUGGUGCUGAAAUGAUCAUACUCUAUAGAUGUACCAUCGUGCUAUGGUGCUGAAAUGAUCAUACUCUAUCGACGUACCAUAGUCCUGUGUUGCUGAAAUGAUCAUACUUUGAUCGUACCAUUGUUGUGUGGUGCUGGAAUGAUCAUACUCUAUAGAUGUACCAUCGUGCUAUGGUGCUGAAAAGAUCAUACUCUAUAGAUGUACCAUCAUCCUAUGGUGCUGAAAUGAUCAUACUCUAUCGACGUAACAUAGUCCUGCGUUGCUGAAAUGAUCAUACUCUAUAGAUGUUCAAUCGUCCUAUGGUGCUGAAAUGAUCAUACUUUGAUCGUACCAUCAUCCUCGGGUGCUGAAAUGAUCAUACUCUAUUGACAUACCAUAGUCCUGUGUUGCUGAAA